AUCACGCCGGCGCCCAGAAUGCACCGCGGCCCAAAGGAUAGCAAACAUUCUUGGCGUCGUCCAUGUUACAUCGGGACUGGGGAAGAAUAAGGCGAAACCUGACUAAUCGCACUGUGGAAAUUGGUGAAAUUGCGGAUGGCUGCUGGCCUCUUAUCCUACGCGAGUUAAGGCCGGCUGCUUUGGGGUUUUUAAUCCGCAUAUGCCAAGAAGCAGUUGGCCCAGCGAGUUUAGGAUCGCCAGUCCCCUUAGCUGAGACUACCGACCGCCGGCACGCCGAGUCCUGCUGCGGCCCCCUGCUGCAGCCCCAGCUCCUUCCCAGCCGGUGGGUUCCCUCCCACUCCGGUCCAGCCAUGGAUCAGGACUAUGAACGUCGGCUGCUGCGGCAGAUCAACAUCCAGAACGAGAUUCCCAGCCCCAUUAAAGUGACGGAAGUGAUGCGAUCUCUGACGCCCACUAACUCCCCGCUGUCCUCGCCCAGCAAGCAUGGUGACCGGUUUAUUCCGUCCCGAGCUGGUGCCAACUGGAGCAUCAACUUCCACAGGAUCAAUGAGAACGAGAAGUCGCCCAGUCAGAACAGGAAAACCAAGGACGCUACGUCUGAUACCAGCAAAGCGGAUGGGCUGGCGUACUCCGCCCUCCUGAAGAAUGAGCUGCUCGGUGCUGGCAUCGAGAAAGUGCAGGAUCCCCAGACGGAGGACCGCCGUCUGCAGCCGUCCACGCCCGAGAGGCGGAGCCUCUUUAAUUACUCAAUCAGCGCCAAGCGCUCCACCCCUGACGAUGGAAACAGCAUCUCGCCAUAUUCCUUAUCGCCCGUCAGCAGCAAGAGUCAGAAGCUGCUGCGCUCGCCGCGGAAACCCACCCGCAAGAUCUCCAAGAUCCCCUUCAAGGUGCUGGACGCCCCCGAGCUGCAGGACGACUUCUACCUGAACCUGGUGGACUGGUCGUCCCUGAACGUGCUCAGCGUGGGCCUGGGCACCUGCGUCUACCUGUGGAGCGCCUGCACCAGCCAGGUGACCCGACUGUGUGACCUUUCGGUGGAGGGGGACUCCGUCACCUCCGUCGGGUGGUCCGAGAGGGGUAACCUGGUCGCCGUGGGGACGCACAAAGGCUUUGUGCAAAUCUGGGAUGCCGCCGCCGGCAAGAAGCUCUCCACGCUGGAGGGGCACACGGCUCGAGUCGGGGCGCUGGCGUGGAACGCGGACCAGCUGUCGUCGGGCAGCCGCGACCGCGUGAUCCUGCAGCGGGACAUCCGCACCCCGCCACUGCAAUCAGAGCGCCGCCUGCAGGGCCACCGGCAAGAGGUUUGCGGCCUUAAGUGGAGCACAGACCACCAGCUGCUCGCCUCCGGGGGCAACGACAACAAGCUGCUAGUGUGGAACCACUCCAGCGUGUUGCCAGUGCAGCAAUACACAGAGCACCUGGCAGCGGUGAAGGCCAUCGCCUGGUCGCCCCACCAGCACGGGCUGCUGGCGUCGGGCGGGGGCACGGCCGACCGCUGCAUUCGCUUCUGGAACACGCUGACAGGACAGCCGCUGCAGUGCACCGAUACAGGCUCGCAGGUCUGCAACCUGGCCUGGUCCAAGCACACCAACGAGCUGGUGAGCACCCACGGCUACUCUCAGAACCAGAUCCUGGUGUGGAAGUACCCCUCCCUAACUCAGGUGGCCAAGCUGACGGGUCAUUCGUACAGAGUCCUCUAUCUGGCCAUGUCACCAGAUGGAGAGGCCAUCGUCACGGGGGCUGGAGAUGAGACCCUGCGCUUCUGGAAUGUGUUCAGCAAAACGCGGUCGACAAAGGAAUCAGUGUCGGUUUUGAAUCUCUUCACCCGGAUACGGUAGCACAGCGCAGCGCUCUGGGGGAGCAGCAUCAGACUCCACCGAGACAACAUGCCGAUGCCAGAGCAUGACUGUCACUCACCAAGCCACGCCCCCCCCCCCCCCCCACCCCCCCCCCCAAUUCUCCUCAUUUUUGUUUGUUUACAAAGAGACUUAAUUUUGGGACAGCCAAAUACAGAAUCAAAGGAAUUCAUUUUUGUUUUGUUUUUUGUUAAAUGUACAGUUCUGUUCUGAUUGUUUUGGCUUUUCUUUUUCUAUGUACCGUUUUGUACCAUUUUGUGUGUGUGUGUGUGUGUGUGUGUGUGUGUUGCAAACCGCAAGUUUUGCGCGAACCAGCCUUAACAUGGUGCAAACCAAUUACCUUGAAAUAACAGGGCCUGGACACUGCUGGACAAAUGUUUUUCCUUUUAAGAAUGUGGUGGAGCCAAACCGAGACUAGGAUAUGUUAAAACAAACACAUGUUUUUAAGUCCCAGUGAUAGUUAUGUUGUAUUUCUUUAUGGAAAUCAGGGAAUGGAAGCUAAGGACCUACAGAGGACCUAAAAUUACUAUCAACUGUAGAAGAGAAUUAACAUUUUUGAUGUAUAAAAGCACUUCACUUAAAGUGAUUGAGCAGUUAGAAGAUGUUGGUAAGCAGUUGAAUGCGAACAAUUUUUAGUUAAAAUUUGGCCAUUUCGUUGGAAAACUAAUUUAAGGCUGUUCGUCUUUUACACUAGCUUUGGCUAAUCAGUGAAAUUCCUGGUCGUUUAAACCUAUUUCUGUUCAUCAGUUUGACCUCUUUAAAUGGUCUGUGUGCCGCUGUGGUUUCCUUGCCGUACGUGUGUGAUUGCUGCCGUCAUCGGCGUGCUUUAAAGAGCUGAGCCUGGCUGCUUUUCAUCAUCUUGCGAUGAAAUCCUGUGUGAAUCACUCACAUCAUCUGCAUAGGAUGGUCACGAAAAGGAUGGUGAGCUAUGAUCCCUGUCAGUAUGCAUGCUUAACCCAGAACAAUAUCGGCAGUGCUGUGCGGUUCUGCUGUGCUGCCAGACGCAGAUCCAGGUUUAAAAUAGGACGUGUGCAUGUUUCACGGUGAAGUUCCCAGGUACAUAUUGUAUUAUAAUUCCAUGCAUAUUUGAGUUUCAGCUCAUCCAAAUUUCCGUUUUUUUCACAAGUUGAUCCGACUGUAGGAUAUUUGGGGGGGAAAAUCACUCUAUGAAAAAAAUGACGUUUGUAAUUUUUUUUUGUGUGUGUUGCUCUUGCUUGUGGUUGCUUGAAUGGCAUGCUUUACUAUUUGAAUGAAUGUUAUUUAUUUGACUUGUGGACAGUGUUACAAUCUGGAUUGAAUGUGAGAGAAAUUUCAACACUGACUUACUGUUUUUAUGUCCUGGGUUUUUUUUUUUUAUUUUUUAUUUUUGUAUGUCAUUUUUUCUUAGCAACAGCAAAGUUAAGAUCGUAACUGCCAACUUGAACAGCUUAAAGAAUGUUUAACACAAACUCAAAGAAUUUAUGGACAUAACUGAAUAAAUUCUAAUUUUUGGCCCA